AUAUCCAUCCAACGACAUUGACACUUGGGGUAAUGUGGUUUUUCUGGAACGUGUGUUGUUCAUCUCAAUAAUUAUAUUAUUUUUGAAAUGACGAUAUUCCACGAUGAAAUUGAGAUUGAAGACUUUGAAUACGAUGAAGAAGAAGAAAUGUAUUACUACCCCUGUCCUUGUGGGGAUAGAUUUCAGAUAAGUAAGGAAGAGCUUAGUGCUGGAGAAGAAGUAGCCACAUGUCCCAGUUGUUCACUGGUGGUCAAAGUAAUAUACGACUUGGAGAAAUUCAAAGCAGAAGGUGAAGAAAUUAUCAAAGAAGAUGGUGACAAAGAAACUGUGAAAGCUUAACUGGAUGUUUCUAUGAGAAAUGUUUGGAGUCAAAUGUCUUGCUUUGCUCAUAAAAGGACUUUUGGGCAGAAGAGCAAGAAAAGGUGUGAAACUGUGAUUUUUUUGUGAUAUGAAUACAGAUGAGAACUGUA